UCCAGUCUGAUCGCCGAUCGUCUGGCAGAAAUAGGACUUAAAAGAAGCGAGAUAUCGACACAAGCGUUAAAAAAACCCUCCUCUCGUCGCUUUAACUUAACACUGACAAAAACAACAAAAUGAAAGCAAUAAGCCCAGUGCGAUCCUUCCGGAAAAGCAACGCGAAUCUAUCAGAGCACUCCUUGGGAAUCUCUCGGAGCAAGACCCCGGUGGAUGACCCGCUCAGCCUGCUGUACAACAUGAACGACUGCUACUCCAAGCUGAAGGAGCUGGUGCCGAGCAUCCCCCAGAACAAGAACGUCAGCAAGAUGGAAAUCCUGCAGCAUGUCAUCGACUACAUCCUGGACCUGCAGAUCGCGCUGGACUCCAGUGUCGCACUAACCAGCCUGCAUCACCCUACGCGGCCGGGGCAGACUCCAUCCAGGACCCCUCUGACCACCCUCAACACAGAUAUCAGCAUCCUGUCAUUACAGUCCCCGGAGUUGCCAUCAGAGCUGAUGACAGAUGACAGCCGGACUCUGCAUCGUUAAAGCGGUGUUUGGUCAAGAAGCAAAACACACACACACACAUACACACGUACAGGACCUGGGGAGCAGGACUUUCCCCCCUUCUCUCUCUCCAAAACCCCUCCAAGCCUCUGUCCUCCAGGCCUGGAUUUUUUUUUUCUUUUUUUGACUUUUCUGACGCUGAAAUCAAGAGACUUUUUUUUUUUUUUGCUUAUAAUGGGACAAUCUUAUGUGAUGUGUUUUCUGUUUGGACACUUCAUUAUUAUUUAACUUAAGACUUUUUUAUUAUUAUUUGUGGGUCCUUUCUGGAAAAUGGAAGGCGCGUUAUAUUCCCGACAGCGGGAGGAAAAACGAGAUUAUUGUCACAAGGAUUAUUCCCUCCCCCUGUCCUCUCCUCACGCCCCCCCUUGUCUCUCUCUCUCCUCGUUGAAGUCUUCGCUUUUUUGCGGAGGUGGGAACGUGAAUAGAACAGACAACUUUGGUUAGUUACUGUAAAAAGUUUAGUCUUGUCUUGUCAGAAUUGUUGGCACAUGAAGGACUGGACGUUGUUUAAAGAGGAAAAAAAAACGUUGAAAUGAAAGAAUGAAACCUUGUGAACUCCCAGUCGGGAGUUUAUCUUGUAUAGUUGCAGGAAUUUGACACUUCUGCAAAAGUGUAAUGUUGUACUUAAUUAUGCUGAAACUUUUUAUAAAAGUAAUGUAAAUUGUACCUUUUUAUACAAAAUAAAUCAAAAACGCAAGCUGAA